AUGCAAUUCAAGUCUCUUGCAGCCCUACUCUUCGCGAGCGCGGCCCUUGCCGCCCCCGCCGAGAGCAACAACCUUGAGUCUGGAGACGACACUGAUUCCCCAUACGACAUUCCCCCAUCUAUUAUCGCAGUCAUCGCAACCGCCGUCCCAAGCUCUUUCUGGGCCGAGGCCACCAACACAGCUGCCUUUCUGUCGCAGGUCGAGCAAGGCUUCGUCUCCAACUCUUGGCCCACCUGGUACAGCAGCCUUCCAGACAGCGUGAAGGAGUACGUCACCACCGCUGUUGAGGGUUACUACCCUUCAUUCGCCUCCUCCAUCGCCGCCGAGGCUACAAGCUCCGGUGCCAGCGGUUCCGCUGCUAGCUCUCCCCAGGCUACUGCCACUGGCUCUAGCUCUGGCUCCUCAAGCUCCGGCGCCUCGACUUCAGGCGCUACCACCGACUCUUCAUCUGCCAGUGAGUCUACUUCAGAAGUUACCGUCACCUCGACCUCCGCCUCUGCUACAGGCUCCGACGCUGCUUCGUCAUCUGCUGCUGGUUCUUCCGGCUCUGCCGCAUCCUCUACGUCUGACGGCGGUGCGGCCCCUACUGGUGUUGCCAUGGGUCUUGCUGGUGCUGCCGGUGUUCUGGGUCUUGCUCUCGCCCUCUAG